GGACAUCAAACGUGUAGGCUGGAUGACCAUUUUUAGAACCUCAGGAAGAAAGUGAGGACCAUUUAACUGAUUUGCAAUUAGAAUUCGCUUGUGUGUUGACAAGCUCUGCCCCCGUGACCCUGAGCAAAGACACAGGCUCUAAAACAGCCAGGAAAAAAACGGAGGCUCGUCACGUGCCGUUCGUCACCCCUUCAGUAUCCCCGGAGCUCUGUCUGAGUCCAUCGCGAGUCAAAAUCAGACAGCGAAUCACGGGAUCCCGCCAAGCCCCCGACGCAGAGCGCGCGCGCGCGCGCCGUGCCAAGCGCACUCCCGGACCGCCGGUGCCUGGGAUUGGGUGGGGGGAGUGGUGGUUGCGGACGGAGUCACACGAUUGGUAGAGUUCCCCAGCCAAACUUGUUGACUCACAACUGAGCUGCUCCUCUCCAUCCUUCUCGGCGCGGAGCUGUCCAGGGCCACCGGUGCUGAAACUGCCAGCCUCCGACGCGCCGUGGAGCAGGAGAAAUUGCCAAAUUUCUAGAGCUUUUGACUACUCCCACAUAGGCUUUUGAAAGUUAAACUCCCAUAAGAAUUCAAGACCCGUGGUUCGAACGUCCCUUGGCUGACGUCUAUCCAUCGCAAGUGCUCUGAACCAAGAGCGCGUCGAGCCUUUUGACUUGAGCCGAUCAGAGCCAGGGGCUCCCCGAGUCGCAUCCAUCAUGGCUUUCAUGGUCAAACACGUGGUGGGAGGACAGCUGAAGAACCUGACAGGCGGACUGACGGAGGAAAAAUCCGAAGGCGAGAAAUCGGACGCAGCCGCGCAGGGGAUGACUCAAGAGGAAUUCGAACAAUACCAGCAACAGUUAGAAGAAGAAAAACAAGAACGAGAAGCUAACUUUGCCCAGAAAAAGGCCGAGAGAGCCACAGUCAGAAGCCAUUUCCGGGACAAGUACCGACUACCAAAGAACGAGCUGGAUGAGACCCAGAUCCAGCAGGCGGGGGACGACGUGGUGCUGCCCACAGAGCUGGCCAAGAUGAUCGCCGAGGACAACCAGGAGGAAGCGCACAAGCAGUCCGUGCUGGGCCAGCUGUCCAACAUCCAGAACGUGGACAUGGACCAGCUGAAAGACAAGGCCCAGGCCACGCUGGAAGACCUGAAAAAGCAGACGGAAAACUGCAGCCUCAUGUGAUGGGAUCCGGCCGGGAGAUGGGAGUUUUGCUCGUGCAAAUAUUUGUCUGAGGCAAAGCUGCUCUGGGUUUAGACAUUUUCUCAUUGCUUUUGUGGAAUGUCAGUUGGCAGAGACGCGUGAUUACAGUUUGGUUCGUAGCUGUCUUUUUUUGUGUGUGUGUGUGGCACAAAGCCUGACCAUACCCGACGAAAUCUGACACAAAUGGACAGAAUCAUUCCAAAUCCUGAAGAUUCUGAAAAAUAUUUUUUUUUUUUACAGACACUAAUCAAAAAUAACUAAAAAAAGCGAACAGUGGCUCUUCCCAUUGGCAUGCGCUCUGUGAGAUUAUGUCUACCAUUUGAGCAGCUCCUCCUCUACGUGAGGUUUGUCCAGUUUGUCCAGUGUGUCCAGUUCUCCGGCCCUUGCCCCCGGCUCCUCAGCUCCCUGCCUCUCCCACAAGCAAAGUGUGUUAACGCAAAGCUCGCAGCAGUGUGUGCCGGUUCCUUUUUUCCCAAACACCACGGCAGCUGGGUCCGCUGAUGAACUCCUGCACUCUGGAUGAGAGGCCAUCACCGGGACCAGCUGCGUGCUUGGAACGGAAACCCGUAUAACACGAGGCUUCCACUGCCUCAAGUGCUCUGUUGAAUUUGAAAAAUGCAGCCAUUUCAUUCAGAGCGAAACGCGAUGGGGAUCUAUUUCCGGGGCUGUUUAUUAUUUCUCGUGCAAAAUCGCAAAAUCGCAAAAAGUCGCCAAUAUUCAGCCUCAUAGGCUGAUAUUUGAAAUCUUUAUUUGCCAGGCAUUAACUAUAUGAGUAAGUAUUUGCCAUACAUCUAUUUGGACUUCAAGGUUGUUCCGGUUCCAACACUAAAGCCCCACUUCUUUUAAAAACUCGUGCAAUGUGUAGGUCCUAACUAUUUAAGUGUGCGCUUUCGGAGUUGUAUGCCAAAGCCUCUCUCGACUAAAACGCUCUGACCAAUGGACAGGAAACGGCCCGUAUAUGUUAGAUUGUGUAACCAUAGUGCUUAUCUAUACAACUGGUCCACAAACAAGUCUUCGUGUUCCGGAAGAUGUAAAGGUUUGUGCCGUCCGCAGCCAGUUGCUCUCGGUCAGCUGGCUGGAUCUUGUAGUGUUGUCGGCCGUCUCACUGACCCUCCCCCUGUCCUCCAUCUCCUGUACCUCGCAGUCAAAGUAGUGCUGUUUGUGCUGGUGGAGUUCUUGUUGUUAAGCCGAUGUGAUCUGUUAAGUGGUGUCUUUGUGUGGGGAAAAAAAAACAACAACAACCUUCCUGAGGCUGAGUGCUCAUCCUAGUGUCCAGGAGCGUGAAGUCCACCAGGCUUCGCUCCGGUACGGUCUCAGUCGGUUGCUUGCAAAACACAAACAAAAGCGUUCAAGAAAAGUUGCUAUCGAUGUUGUGCUGCACUCAUAUAUACGGCUUUGACUCGUUCAGUCAUUUUUGGACCAUGUUCGGUAAUCUGUAGCAGUGGUGCCGAGGGUGAUCACAUCUGGUCCCGGUCAGAUGUGUCCUUUUUUUUGUGAGGUCGUGAAGUUGUGUUACAUAGUUCCAAAAGAUUGAUUUUUUUGUUUUGUUU